CUCGCCAACGUGAAGCCGGCGCUGGGGAGGCGGGAGGAGGCGCUCGCCGACCUGCGCGCCAGCGUGGAGCUCAAGGAGUCGAUCCUGCCGCCGGGCAGCCGGGAGCUCGGCGCGGCCUACCGGGACCUCGCGGAGGCGCACGCCUCCGUGCUUGACUUCAAGCAGGCGCUGCCCUUCUGCCAGAAGGCGCUGGAGCUGCACGAGUCGACGCUGGGCAAGAACUCGGUGGAGCUCGCGCAUGACAGGCGGCUGCUCGGUGUGAUAUACACUGGCCUGGAGCAGCACGAACAGGCGCUUGAGCAGAAUGAGAUGUCCCAGAAAGUGAUGAAGAAGUGGGGCGUGGCCGGCGCCGAUCUCAUUCAUGCCGAGAUUGACGCGGCAAACAUCAAGAUUGCGAUGGGGAAGUUUGAUGAGGCCGUAAGGGUGCUAAAGGAUGUCGCUAAGAAGGUGGAGAAGGACAGCGAUGCGCGAGCUCUAGUGUUCAUAUCGAUGGCCAAGGCGCUCGCCAACCAGGAGAAGGUCGGGGACACCAAGAGGUGCUUGCAGAUUGCUUGCGACAUUCUAGAAAAGAAGGAAGUGUCUGAACCUGACAAGGUGGCCGAAGCGUAUCUUGAAGUGUCCUCACUGUACGAGAUGGUGAAUGAAUUUGACAAGGCAAUAUCUUUGAUGAAGAGGAGUUUGGGGAUGCUCGAGAGGAUCCCUCAAUCACAACACUUGGAGGGGAAUGUCGCAGCUAAGAUUGGAUGGUUAUUGCUUCUGACAGGGAAGGUGACCGAAUCCGUCCCAUAUUUGGAGGAUGCAGUGGAGAGGAUGAAAGAAAGUUUUGGGCCGAAGCAUUAUGGGGUAGGGUAUGUGUAUAACAACCUGGGGGCUGCGUACAUGGAGAUGGACCGCCCCCAGUCUGCUGCACAGAUGUUUGCACUGGCAAAGGAAGUCAUGGAUGUUUCCUUAGGGCCUCACCAUUCAGAUACAAUUGAGACCUGCCAGAGCCUCGCCAAUGCAUACAACACGAUGGGAAGCUAUGCCCUGGCUAUGGAGUUCCAAAAGCGAGUGAUUGAUUCAUGGCGAAACCAUGGUCCCAGUGGUGCGGACGAGCUCAGGGAAGCCAUUCGUCUCUACGAGCAGAUCAAGAUAAAGGCCCUAGCAUUCAUGUCACCUGGUGUUGAAGCAAUUGCGUUGCCUGAACCUCAGGAACAGGAAGUCGAUUCUGAUCCGGCGAAAAUCGCACAACAGUAGUUAGGAACUUCGCGUC